CUUUGGCAAUGUUAACACAUGUUUCCCAUGCCAAUAAAGCCCUUGAAUUGAAUUGAAUUGAGAGGCACAUCCUCUUCUGACGUCAUCACGUGUAUCCAUUCAUCACGUGUCGCCAUAUUGGGUCAGGAAGUGGAAAGUAUUGAAGUGGAAAUCUGUUGCAGGUUUGCUGUUGUAGUUAUUCGAAUAUUAAUUCAAUUUUCACCCAAUUUUACGAUAAACUGGGUUUUAUUUAUGCACCGGAAACACUAAAACCUUCAGGAGAUAUCAAAUCAUUUGUAUUUACCUGUUGUUGGGACGUGCAUCCAGAGUAUGACUUCCCUAACACAGCGAAGUUCGGGCCUGGUGCAGAGGAGGACCGAGGCCUCUCGCAAUGCAGCUGCCGAUAAGGAGAGGGGGUCAGAUGAUGAGGACUACGAGCCACGUCAAGAGGAAGAGGAUGAGAAAGGAGACUCCAAAGAAACUCGACUGACGUUGAUGGAAGAAGUGUUGCUAUUGGGAUUGAAAGAUCGAGAGGGCUACACUUCAUUCUGGAAUGACUGCAUUUCUUCUGGUCUCCGAGGUUGUAUGCUCAUCGAACUGGCUUUGAGAGGGAGACUGCAACUAGAGGCUUGUGGCAUGAGGAGGAAAAGCCUGCUGGCCAGAAAGGUUAUCUGUAAGUCAGCCGCCCCUACAGGAGACAUGUUGCUGGACGAGGCUCUGAAGCAUGUCAAAGAAACCCAGCCCCCAGAGACAGUCCAGAGCUGGAUAGAGCUGCUGAGCGGUGAGACGUGGAACCCAUUGAAGCUGCACUACCAGCUUAGGAAUGUCCGUGAACGUCUGGCCAAGAACCUGGUCGAGAAAGGCGUUCUGACCACAGAGAAACAGAACUUCCUCCUCUUCGACAUGACCACACACCCGCUGACCAACGACACCAUCAAACAGCGGCUGGUCAAGAAGGUCCAGGAGUCCGUCCUGGACAAGUGGGUGAACGAUCCGGGGCGCUUCGACAAGCGCGUGCUGGCCCUGAUCUUCCUGGCCCACUCAUCAGACGUGCUGGAGAACGCCUUCGCCCCGCUGCUGGACGAACAGUAUGACCUGGCCAUGAAGAGGGUACGUCUGCUGCUGGACCUGGAGCCAGAGGCGGAGAGCACCAAGGCCAACGCUAACGAGUUGCUGUGGGCCGUGGUGGCCGCCUUCACCAAAUGAAGCCCUACCGGAAACCAACGUGAGACGGAACUUUUAAAAAACACUACAGACCUCUGGGGCUCAGAGCUCUCAGAUCUCCCCUGUUCUGAUAUGACGACGACAAGGACGAUGAUGGUGUUGGCAGUGAGGAAGACUACGAUGAAGAUCACAAAGCACGGCUCUCCCUCUGUAUUGACAGUGCUGUGACCCCUGACCUCUCGGAGUCACUGUCCUGUUAUCUCCUGGCCAGUUGGUUGACAUCAAGUACCCUGUGGGUUCGUCCCAAAUGGCACCCUGUUUCCUAAUAUAAGGCAAUUUUGAGCAGGGCCCUAAUGGCUCUGAUCAAAAGAAGGCACUACAUAGGAAAUGGGGUGCCAUUUGGGUUGUGGCCUUUCUGUUCACUGUGAGACCUAGUGUAACUUUAAGCACUUGCGUCAGUAGCUGGCACCCACCCAGGUCUGUGUCCUUUCUUAUAGGAGGGACUUUUAAAACCGCCAGGUUUUGCGUGACCAUCAAUGGCCCAGACCUACCAUGAUGACCUGACAUGAUCAUACAGAACAUAAGUCAUUGUUUUUGUCUUUUGCGUUUAGUCACUUUGAGGAGUUUUUCUUUUGACAUGACCUAUAGAUCUCACGUCUGUUUGUUGUUAAUAAAUGUUAACCAUCUCCAAACCAUUUUGCACAUUCAACACGGGAUAUAGAAGAGUUUACUAUUUGUAAAAACAAGCAGAAAAAAUCAUGAAGUUGAAUUCCGAAGCACCAUUUUAUUUUGUUCAGGGUACCAACCAAGUGCAUGCUUCAUUCCUGUUCAAUUUGACUUUGUGUCCCCCUCUCCAUGUACUAAAGAAUCGUAGCUUGUGCUUUCCAUCCGUUUCAGAUGGGAGACUAUAUUCUCUGCAACUCUAUCAUCCUAUUCCAGACACUGCACGUCUCCUCUUUGCAGGCAAACUGGUUUCGGGUGUACAUGUGUGCAGUCAUGUUUUGAAGAGGUACAGUUUCCAAGAAGGAAACUCUCUCAAAUUGGCCAAAUAUCUAUGUCAUUUAGUUAGUGUAUUGAGAGAAGAAGAGAAAAAUAUUGUGGCAUAUGACUAGGUAGAAGAAACAUCUCCUAAAACGGGCUAAUUGUAUAUUAUACGUGUCGCGCUCUGGCAGUAUAAUCUUAACGCUUUUGAUUUUAUCCUUAAAAUGUAUAUUUUCUUUUCUACUUGAGCCAAUUUCUAUUGCUUUAAUAUAAUUCACAUAAUUACGUUCAUAUUUAGUUGGUCUUCAUUCAUGGUUUGGGCUUUUUUUCUUUUUUUUUUUCUUUUAUGCCUGCUAGUUGGUUGUACUAUUCAUCACUAGGAGUUGGCCAUAACUACUGAUACAGGGUCAGAUACUAUUUGAUCUGCCUAAAAGGUUAGGACAGGGGGAAGGGUUAUCUGAUCCUAGAUCUGUGGUUGGGGGUUAACUUCUACCUUGAGCAUUUGACUCAUCUGGAGGGUGUACAGACAAAGUAUGGUGGAGGGAUUGGAUGGGGAUGAUUUAUAUAGUAUGGAUUUCCUGAGAGGAACUGAUUAUAAUAUCAAAUUUGAUCAAUUAAUGUACAGCGUAAUGAAAGGGAUCUUGUGUAUGCUUCUUUUUUUUUUACCACACAAUAAAGGAUGGAUCUUUUUAAGUGCCUGAAUUUA